AUGCUGACGAAUGCUUGGUUUAGCACAAAACGGAGGUGAGUUCGUUUAGUUUCGUUUCAAAGUGUCCACUUGUGGGACAACUUGUAAACCAAGUCGCUCGGCGGAGCCUCGUAGCUCAAGUGGUUAGAGCGUUGGCUGUACUAAAGCCUUCUCCUUACUGCGUGGGUUUGAAUCCCAUCGAGGCGCCGAGUUUUUCACAGUUGGGCCAAUAUGAAUUAUUCAAAAUCUGCCAAAAUAUCUAUGAAAUUGUAAACCCUUAUAAACCCUUUCACAUUCCUAUAAGGAUUUCUCACACAGUUAUACAGCAUAAACUCUUUAUAUUCCAUGAGAUGGAGCGUCAUCUGUACGAAAUCAACAGAGGAACUAUGAACCAAAAAUAGGCAGGAAAAUUGUCUGCAGGAAUCCAGGAAUCAACGAAAAAUCCGCGAUAUACAUUCACAUAUGCUUGUAUCUAGAAUCUGCGAUAUAUUGAAGCCUAGGAAGCCGAAGCGCGAUAUAACAAGGGAUUACUGUGCACCGCGGUUCCUACUUCACCUUUACAACUGCGCUUGAAAAACAAUACAGCAAAACUCCAUAAAAUAUGCAGACUGAUGACAAAGCAUGUGUCCACGAGUUCAGCCACACUAUAUCUGUCAAGCUGGGGUAGGAAAUUUUCCUCUUUUGAAUGCAGAUCCGUCUAGGCCCUAACGGUUCGACGUGACUGUUUCGAAAUCCGAUUUACUCAAAUGCUAUAACGAGGAAUGUGAAUUCGAUGAUCAAUUUUGUUAGAGACUGUCUUUUCGAUUUACGACUAAACACCAUAAAUUAAGCAUGUCGAAGAAAUCCUGAAUCCGCUUAUAAACAUAUGAUCUGCCAAAAAUGGAUCCCAUUGUUUUCUGCCUGGAUAACUCAGCAAACUUGUGCUCGAAAUCAGAUGUGAGUAUUGUCGACCCGUUCAAGGAAGCUAACUGGUAUCCAGCAUGUCCAGUUAAGCAGAUGAGUUGAUGCAUUAAGGUGGGUCUGUGUCCAGGUUCCUGAAUAACUAUUUGUCAUUAGUUUCUGCUUCCCACUUCCUCUACCUACUUUUGCUUAAGCCAACCCCUCUGAGGUUCUCGCAACCAUGUCAACUGAUCAACGUGAAGAUCGUCCGACUUUCAAAUGGUAUUAGGGUUAUAGGAUACCAUUCUAGCGGCACAGGUACUUGCUAAAGGCCCGGACGCGCGUGUUUUGUCGAUAUUCUGCCGCUGCAUGUCACAGCUGCGAGGGGUUCGGCCCUUCAGUGGGUGUCCCAGCAUUUCCAAUUGUUUCCAGUUUAUUAUUUGUUGCCUUUUUAUUUCCACAGAGAUGAACCGCGAAGUUGGAGUAGGCCAGUAUAUUCUGGGUUUCAGCGAGUACCUGUGCUGCUAGAAUAGUAUCCUUUAACCCCAAAAUAUACUACUAGCUGCCUGUCGGCAGUUAAUGAAUAUUACACAGUCAUCCCGCUGUGGCUGAUGGACUGCAGCCCAAAAAUUCACACAUCAAAUUUCGGUCUGCGCCUAUAAACCUUGGAAUAUACUGACCUACUCCAAGUUCGCAGUUAAUUUCUGGGGAAAUUGAAGAGCAACAAAUGGUAGGUGUGUCUGCGUACUGAUUUGUUUACCCAGCGGUACAAAGAUUUCCCCUCUUAGAUUUGCCUGCUCGUUAUGCUGAAGACCACGCCGACCCCGAUUUUGACUGUCACAUCGUGUUCGUUGUGUUUUCGACAUUCGAGUGCCAGUUCGACUAUCGAGAAAGGCGAUGUCCAAGUGUGCCCCGCAAAAUGACGGGCUCAGUGCUGUGAAGUGCGCAUAAAGUAUUAUAGUGAUAGUGGGCUUGCUCUGAAUCUCUCGUACUCUCUCCUCCCUCGCCUACCUGCGCCCAGUCUCAAAACAGAGGUCAAAAGAGGCGGGAUCGGAGGCCGUGAAUGACCGGGCUGCACAUCCACGCGGCCCGCGCACGAUAGACUACGAUUUCACCAAAAAAUGACGACUCAGAUCCCAACUGAAUGGGAGUGUCAUAACGGCCACAUAAAGAAGGAGCCAUUGCAGCCUUACUCUCCGUCCUGAGAAGAAGACCAAGUUAUCCCGUCCAUUGGCAGCCUUCUAGGUGCCCCAAAAGCAGAGCGACGAGACGCGGGCGUAGCCUAUGUCAUCCGGAAUGAAAUCGUGGGACGACUGCCGUCUGCCGCAGGGUAUCAACAAUCGCCUGAUGAGCCUCCGCCCGCCUCUCUGGGGAGGCAAACUAACCACCAUCGUCAGCGUCUACGCCUCCACUCCCUCAACCAACCCCGACGCACAAAUUCUACGAGAACCCGCACGUCCUCCUGGCGACUGUGCCGAAGCCGGAUAAGUUGACUGCCUUUGGUGACUUUAACGCUCACGUCGGCACAGACAAUGCUGCCUGAAGAGGAAUUCUCAGUCUCUAUGGUCUCAACGGCUUCAGUGACAAUGGCCUGCUCCUACUAAUAAGCUGCGCAGAACACCGUCUCAUCCUGACCAACGCCCCCUUCCGAUGCGGCGAAGACGACCUGGAUGCACCCUCGGUCGUGACAUUGGCACCUGCUGGACUAUAUCCUCGUCCGGAAGCGAGACCAGCGGGACGUGCUGGUGAAGAAGGCGAUGACGAGGGCGUAUCCGGGUGCCGACGGGUGGACCGACCAUCAACUCGUCAUCUCCGAGAGGAGGAUCCGCUUACUGCUACGCAGGAGACUUCAAGGCAAGCGCCACACAGGUAGGCUGAAUAUUGCUUUGUUGUCUUUGCCAGACUAGUUCUUACUUUUAACUGUCUUGUCUCUUACUUUAUCCUCCCUUGUUGUUUUGCGCAAUUAAAUACGUUGGAUGUCAUAUCACGCGCCUCCCCAGGACUUGCUGCAGGUCGUUUGACAUCUAAAUAUAAAUUUUAUCUGCUCGCUGACUUUACUAUCGAUCUCUGUUAAGUUGGUGUAUUGUAAUGAUGAGAAACUCAACGUACUGAAUGGUUUACUAUGCUGAAAACACAGGUAUGAACUCCGGUUCCCAUAGUGUCCUUUUUAAGUUGUUCAGAAACUUGUGCGCGAAUCCUUCGAAUAAAGCUUUUUAGGUUCGCUCCGAAGGGUCGACAGUAACGGGUCAAAAAACCAGCGGAUUUCCGCGGAUUUUGCGUAACUCACGAAGGUCCAUUUUUUGCCGGCUUUGGAUGUUCAUCAGUCAAAUUUUUAUCACGAAGCUAACGGCAGUAAAAUCUCCAGUUAUAAACGCGACAUUUUCUUUAUUUGAGACGGCAAAAUUAAACGAGGAAUGUCCCUUAAAAAUGCAGUGACUUAUGGGAAACAUAUAAUCCAAGGCUUGACAGUACGGAGGGCAGCCGAAUAACAACAUCGGUAGGAAUGAAGAACUCGAAAAUACAUAAUGAGAAACAUACGAUAAUAAUUUCAUAUCCAUAAAAUUCAAAAGUAAAAACAUUUAUAUACGAGGAGGGCAAAGCAACAAGAGCUAGCGGAAACUGCAAGCUCCACUGAGAAUUUUGAUCGACAGAAAAGAGAGGAGCGAUGAUGAUGAUGAUGAUGAUGAUGAUGAUGAUGAGGAGGAGGAGGAGGAGGAGGAGGAGGAGGAGGAGGAGGAGGAGGAGGAAUAA